ACGACACUGCAUGAUUCUAUGCCUUCGGCGUGGACUACAACAGUACAUCUACAUUGUCUUGAUUGUAGUACAGGUAUUCUUCCUCCCUCACAUCAUCUUGUGUACACAACACCCAUAAUGGCUAUAUUCCAGUCAAAGCCGUUCCGCAGCUCCCGCACCCAAGGCAAGGAUCUUUGGGAGCGGUUGUCUGCGAUCUACCGUCAGAAAAUCGCAAAGAAUCCCUUCCUCUUUUUCGGGUUGCCCUUCAUGAGUCUUAUGGUUGGCGCUUCAUUCCUCCUUACUCCGGCCGCCGCUUUACGUUAUGAGAAGCACGACCGCAAAAACCGACAAUUGACGGACUCAGAGAAACUGGAACUUGGUCUAAAAGGCGGUGUUCUGGGCGAGGGCAAUCUCACAUAUAACCCCCGGCGUAGGAAGGUCUUGAAGGGCGAGCUGAAUGAACGGGAUGAAUACUACCGACUCAUGGCCAAAGAUUUGGACAAUUGGGAACAGAAGCGGGUGGAGCGCCUGAAAGGGGAACCCGAUGGCAGGCUGUAGGUCAUACUGUGAGCACUCGAUUGUUCGAAUCUAUGGCUGCAGUCACUUGGAUGUCGAACGGCCUUUCACGGACUUUCGAGGACCGCACUAUCUGUGACGGGAGAGGUGCGCUCUCUUCCCAGGGUCAUCGCUGCUCGCGCGAGAUUUUUUUUGUCAUGGUCUAGUGCAUUGGCACUUGUCUCGCCUGGCAGUCAGGGAUUGCUACCCUUUUGAAAAGCGGAAGAUGUUGACAUCAAACGCGGCCGACUUCCUUGUCACAACAAGAGACUAUCUGUGGAACCUUCAUGGUUGGCGGGCUACGGGAGGGGGACACCUAGAUGUAUAGCACGGCUAUAACCAUGUGCUGCACGGGUGAUACUGCCAUGAAGAGGACAGCCGACAACCACCGGGCACGAACAGGGGAUUGUGCCUAUCGGGGCAGGCGGAUGCUAUUAUACAACGACCACAGUACCUCUCGGAGCUCAACAAGAAGGAGACUCGACCUGUUGGUCAUUAUUGAAGGAGAGCUUGUCGGCGGCCGGAGGAAGAUGGCGCUAUAAUGCGGCUCAAUUCCAUGGACGAAAGCCUGGAAAAGGUCGAUUCUCGGGAUGUGAUGCCAGGAAUACACGAUUGUAGCAAUGCAGCAGGCAGCGGGCCCUGGAUGAUUGCCACCGCAGCACCACCGAAGGCUUUUUCUGUUUUGCAUCGUCCACAGUACAUGUGGCUGUCUGUGGCCUCGUUGACCGGACCCGAAUACAUACGCAGAGACGUGGUUAAGUCACUUGAUGGUCACAGCGGCGCCCGGACCAGAUUUUGCGAGAUUUCUCGCCCUCAAUAUCCUGUGCUUCUGGAUGCCACACUAUCACAGGGCAUGUAAUACAAAAGGAACCAUGAUUAUACUGGGGAACAAUAACAAAAACUCAUUUGGUCGCGACUACUGCUAGAGGAUGAUGAUGUCGUCUUCGCGUAUGGUCAUAAGGACGAUAAAGGAUUACCUAGGAGCGUGGGGCGCGCGGCCCAGAUUUCGUCUAAGCGAGUUCAGACUUGCGCCGUUUGCGCCUAGCUCUUUUCGCUUGGACGGAUGGGCAGAUGGCCCUGGGCCGGCUCGUGGUCGUCGAGAGACGCGCUGUAGGCGGGAUUCUCGCCUGUACAAUCAUGUGAUGCCGCCAGGAGGCGAGCAGGGAAGAGUCCGAGGAGUGUGGCAUGAUGCUCUGGCCUAGGAAGACUUGCCCACAGUCGCUUGUUCAAGGCCGGCGGUUGGUGUGCCGCAUAAAGGGGAACUCACGUCUUUUCCCCGGGUUCUACACCGAUGAUUUCCUGCAGUGCAGUGUCAGAUGGCACCCGUGUCUUGCUACCUACUUUGCAAGUACUAUGACCUGUUUAAUUGACACAAAAUACACAUUGUAUGUUAGGCG